AUGGCUACAGAACACAACUACCAGGCAACGCAAAACAACACAAACAUGACGCCAGGUGAUCCAAUGGAGAAGGACUUCAGCAACCAAAAUGUCCGCCAGUUCUCGGCAGCUGACGACGUUACUCUAUCAGGAAAUCCGUAUCAUCUCGGGGACCACAUGGACUCGGACACGGCUCUCAAGAGGAUAAGGACUGCAGGCAGCAUCUCCAUCUCUCCCGAGCUUUUCGAGAAGAUCUAUCUUUCCCCGCAGAACCAGGUCAAGGGCGAUCUACGCAAGACUUUCGCCAAUCCUACCCCUCUUGCUCUCGUUGGUUUCUUGAUCUCUCUGUCUCCCCUCAGCUGUGAUCUUAUGGGUCUCCGAGGCGCCGGUGGCAAUGGCGCUGCUGGAACUGCCACGUACUUCUUCUUCGGCGGCCUGCUGAUGAUCCUCGGUGGUGUUGGAGAGUGGGUAAUCGGCAACACCUUCCCCUUCGUCGUCUUCACCAGCUUCGGCGCUUUCUGGCUCGGUUUCGCCGGAACGCUUCAACCAUUCUACGGAGCAUAUGCGGCCUAUUCACUAAAUCCCGAGGCCCCGGCUGAAGGACUCGCAACCGUGGGCUUCAAUUCCAGCUUCGGUUUCUUCACCCUCAGCAUGGGCAUCCUCUGCUUUAUCUAUCUGAUCCUUGCCAUGCGAACCAACGUCGUCUUCGUCAUCAUUUUCCUCACCCUCGUUGUCGCUUUCGGCUGCUUGACGGGUGCGUACUGGAACUUGUCUCUGGGCAAUGCGUCUCUUGCAGGGACCUUGAUCAUCACUGCGGGCGCUUUCUGCUUUAUAACGUGUGCGUGCGGCUGGUACAUCUUCUUUGCCAUCAUGUUGGCUGCUCUGGACUUCCCCUUCCAGAUUCCAGUUGGUGAUCUCUCAACCAUGAUCAAGGGUGCAAGCCAGAAGGCCAAGGAGCGCGAAAGUGCCGUUUAA